AUGGGGAGCCUCCUGGGGACGGGGUGCCUGGGGGUGGCGUCGCGUCCUUGUUUUGACCGGGGGCGGGGGUGGUGGUGCGCGGGGCGGCCGCCUCCUCUCUCAGGCACCGCCGUGAGGGCCGCGGGCCCCGCGCACAGGUGUCGCUGCUGCCCCGGCGUCCCGCCCGCGGCGCGCCGCUUCCUGAGCGCGCCCCGCCCUGCGGCUCAGCCCCGCGACGCCGGCGACGGAGGGCCAGGUGCCGCUGCAGCCCGCCCGCCCGGCCGCCUGCCCGGCCCUCUCCCGCCGCCCGCCACAUGCAGGCCGCCGCCGCCCUCCCGGAGGAGAUCCUUUGGCUCCUGGAAGGUAACGCCCCGCCGGGAGUCUCACGUGCCGAGCCCGGCAGCAGCCGAGACGACAGCGGCUCCCGAGGCCGGCCUUCCCCGUCAGCUCCCUCACCCACCGCCUUCUAGAACCUCGAGGCUGCCGGAGCUUCUCCACCUUCCACUUAGCCUCCAGGCUUCUAAGCAAGUUCAGGCCGCGUUCAUGGUCUCCGGGCCGCCGUGCUGGCCUUCAAGCUGUCCCUUUCUCCUCGGGACGCCCUGCCUCUAUAGGUUUCGCUCUCGUCCCUCUCCCGCCCUGACUCCGUCUGUCCCGCUCACACGAAUAGAAAAGUAUUUGCAGGGUAAAAGCAUCAUCUGGGUGUCUAAGAAGAAGCAACCCAGCCUUUCCCUCUACUGUUGGUUCAAUAAUUUCAAGUGUAAGGAGAGGCUCUGCAUGUCUGGUUUCCAGGAGAGAAGGAACUGUGGCAAAAAGUUUCAUUCUGCCCUUGCAGUUAAAGAUACUGAGGAGUUCCUGGGAGAAGUUUUGCGGAAUGAGAACCUCAGUGCUGGUGCAAGGGACAACAGAGACCAUAUUCUACGGGGCUUGCAGCAAAUCAAAGCUAGGUACUUUUGGAAUUUUCAGCCCCAAGGGGGAGACCAAGCUGAAAAUUACCUUGGACAGGACAGCUCGGAUGAUAAUCACAGUGGAACUCAUGGCCCUUCUCUCGCAUCAGAUGCACCUUUUUUGUCAGAUUAUCAGGAUGAGGGAAUGGAAGACAUCACAAGAGGAGCUCAAGAGCUUGAUAAUAUCAUCAAGCAAGGAUACUUAGAGAAGAAAAGCAAAGAUCAUAGUUUCUUUGGAUCAGAGUGGCAGAAGCGAUGGUGUGUUGUCAGCAGAGGCCUCUUCUGCUACUAUGCUAAUGAGAAAAGCAAGCAGCCCAAAGGGACCUUUCUCAUUAAGGGCUACAGUGUACGGAUGGCCCCCUACCUGCGAAAAGAUGCCAAGAAAGAAUCCUGCUUUGAGCUGACCUCCCAGGAUAGGCGCAGCUAUGAGUUUACAGCUUCUAAUCCAGCUGAGGCCAGAGACUGGGUGGAUCAAAUAAGUUUCUUGUUAAAGGACCUGAGCUCCUUAACCAUUCCAUGUGAAGAGGAGGAGGAAGAGGAGGAAGAAGGGGAGAAAGAGGAAGAGGAAGAGACAUAUGAUGAUAUCGAUGGUUUUGACUCCUCAAAUUCUGGUUCCCAAAGCAGACCCAUUAUCUUGCAUGGGAGUGUGGGGCUCAAAGAGCCCAUGGAGGAGAAAGAAGAAGAUAUUUAUGAAAUCUUACCAGAUGAAGAGCAUGAUCUAGAAGAGGAUGAGAGUGGCACUCAACAAAAAGGAGUGGACUAUGCCAAUUAUUAUCAGGGCCUAUGGGAUUGCCAUGGUGACCAGCCAGACGAACUGUCCUUCCAACGGGGUGACCUCAUCCGCAUUCUGAGCAAGGAAUAUAACAUGUAUGGCUGGUGGGUUGGAGAACUGAACAGCCUCAUUGGGAUUGUUCCAAAGGAGUAUCUCACCACCGCCUUUGAAGUGGAAGAAAGAUGAAGCCCAGGACACAUAUCCUUCUCUCUACCCUGCCUUUAUGAAGAAACUGAUGAUCAAGAGCUCCCACUCCCUUAUCCCAUCCAGCCCACCAACAUCAUGGGCUCUUCCCUGUACAGAAGAGACCCAAGUCUCUGACACCCACCGUGUAGUAACUGUAAACCACCAAUGAGACAAGUGAGAAGAGGCAUCUUCAGCAGACCUGUUACUAAACCUGCCUCCUCAUAGCUGAGCCCAUCUCUAAACAUCUCCACAUACCCACUUCUGCCUUUUCCACAGGCUUGUCACAGAGAAGGUGAGAGAGAGAGAAACCUUUGGAGGAAGAAGUUGCUGGUUGCUUUGGCUGGU